ACCAGGGUGAGGCCUACCCAGACUCUUCAGAAGACUGGACACACUAACUCUGGUUUCUGUUUGCUCAGAGCAGAGGGUGGGCUGGAGGAGACGGCUGAGGAUGUGCUGGUGGUCUCGGGGGAACAUGUCUCAGGACUGGGGGAUGUGCCGCCUCUUGCCCGUUCUUAUUGUACUGGUCACAGCCUUCGAUGUCGGUGCCUGUGCAGAUGAUCCUCUUUUUGAAUGCCUAAAAGACCCUGAUUAUGAAGAACUUUGUGAGAUAAUGGACCGAGGUCUCUGCCCUACAACGACUCCUCGAAGUGUGGCUGUCAUUGGUGGAGGCAUUGCUGGACUUACAGCGGCUAAGGUUCUGCAGGACGCUGGACAUAAGGUUACAAUCAUAGAAGCAAGUGAUCAUAUAGGUGGACGAAUCCAGACAUACAGGAAGAAAAAUGAGGGCUGGUAUGCAGAAUUUGGUGCCAUGAGGAUCCCAGGGUUUCACAGGAUUCUCAUGGAGUUUCUGUCAAAGACUAAGCUGAAGCUGAAUCCUUUCAUUGAAGAAGACAUUAACACUUACUAUUAUGUAAAUGGCUUGCUUCUAAAAACCUACACAGUGAAAGAAAACCCCGAUAUGUUGAACUACACCUUAAACGAGCGGGAGAAGGGGAAAUCAGCCAGUGAACUUUUUGACAUGGCAUUGGAGAAGAUAAGAGAUGACGUGAAGAAAGAUGGCUGCAAAAAGACGAUGGAGAAGUAUGAUUCAUAUUCUGUUAAGGAGUAUUUAGUGAAAGAGGGUAACCUGAGUCGAGAAGCUUUGCGUAUGAUUGGAGACAUCCUUAAUGAGAACAGCUUCUUUUACACUAGCCUCACAGAGAUGCUCUACAUCCAGUCGGACAUCAGUGAUAAUACAGAAUAUUUCGAAGUCUCAGACGGGAUGGACCACAUACCCAGAAAAUUUUAUGAAGUACUGAAUGGCACAAUCCUCCUCAACUCAACUGUCAAACGCAUUAGUCAAACCAGCAGCAAUGUUACGGUUUCGUAUAAAGACUGGCGCAACCCCUCCACUUUAAUCAGCCGCACGUUUGACUUUGCCUUGGUGACAACUACAGCCAAAGCUUGUCUCUUCAUGGAUUUCCAGCCUCCUCUGUCGGUCCGAAAGAUGGAAGCUCUGCGCUCAGUGCACUAUGCCAGCUCCACCAAGGUUGUGCUGAGCUUCAGUGAGAGAUUUUGGGAGAAAGAAGGCAUCAGAGGAGGAAGAAGCAUCACAGACAUGCCUUCAAGGUUCAUUUACUACCCCAGCCAUACCUUCCCAGGGAUACAAGGGGGCGCCCUGCUGGCCUCCUACACCUGGUCUGAUGACUCCACACUCUUCCAGGGGACGCAGGAAGAUGAGCUGAUGGCCAUAAUGCUGGAUGACUUGGUGAAGAUCCACGGUGAGGGCAUCCGGCGCCUCUUCACUGGCGGCAUUGUGAAGAAGUGGGCGCAGGAUCCUUACAGCCACGGGGCCUUUGCCAUCUUCACUCCCUACCAGAAAACUCACUAUGCCUCGGAUCUGUUCAAGAGCGAGGGGAGGAUUCACUUCGCUGGAGAGCAUACGGCGAUGCCUCAUGGCUGGAUUGAGACGGCUAUGAAGUCUGCUCUAAGAGCUGCCCAGAACAUAAACAUGAUCCUGUAAAAUAAAAAUGCCAAACAGUGUAUCUGGUCACUAGGCCUGUCACAAUUAUUACAUGACUGACUGUUCACAACUAUUUGAGCUGAUCACAAAUAUUUAAGCUGACUACAAUUAUUUUUUAGCUUUCUCAAUCAUAAGUUUAUUGUUUUAGAAUGCAAAUGUGUAUGCGGUUUUAUUAGUUGGAUUGACGCAAAAACAUGUAAAUAAAAGAAGGCAGAGACGCAUUUAUUAGGACAUUAGGUUUUAUGCAUUUAUUAGGAUAUUAGGUUUUAUGCAAACAGCAGACGUUCUUACUUCUUAUUCGUGCUGUUAACAUCUUUAGAGGGCAGCAGUGAGUAAUGUUUGUUUAUUUGAGCUUGAGACUGUUUGUCAUCAGUUGGGAGCUACUAAUCCGCCAAUUUAGCCACUUGUACUGUAAUCGUUUAAUUCAAUGAACAAAAAAGACAAUCAAUGUUAAUCAGUAUUAUUUCUAUAGCAGUUUGAUUAUCAGUUAAAAUGUUGGGAUUGUGACAGGCCUACUGGUCAUACCAGAGUGUAUUAAAAAAGGGUAACAUCAAUUUUAAAACUAUGGCAUGAACAUACCAAAAUCAUAAUCAUUUUUAAAAAUUAUUUUAAAAUAGUCAGCAUAUCGUUAAUGUCACGCAAAAUCCCACUGCUCCGAAAAUACUCACUGCCUUGAAGAAGCUGAAGGCAGCUUUGAAUAAAAAAGCUAUUCGCUUGGAUCCCCACUUUUUAUUACUUUUUACAUUAUUUUUGCAUUAUUUGAAAACUCAAGUUACCUUUAGUGUUAAAAUUUCAUGACGAACAGACCAACAGAAAUUAUUAGAAGUUAAGAAUGUUUUGCAUUCUCCUGUAAAGUUUCCAUUUUGCAGAUAAAAAGUUUUGUUCCUACAGUGACAAUAUAAGAUACAAAGCUUAUUGUUUAAUAAAAUCCUCCUGAUUUGGUUCUGUGA